AGCUGUGACUUCCUCCUUCCGAGCAGUGUAGAGCCAGAGACUUCCUUCACCACUUUAAUGUAGUUUCAUCUUAGACCAUAGUUUCAGAAAAAAGCAGCAAAAUUUCCAAAAUUUCUCACUUCUGUUUUUUUGGCACCGUGUAAGGAGCAGUAAUGGCGUUGCAGUGUUUUGUCCUCCUGGUCAUUUUCCUUAGUAAAUGCCUUGGACAUACUGAAUUCAUUUAUACAGCAAAGGAUGAAGUAAAAUUGUUUUGCGACACCAACAAAUGGGAAACAAACACAGAGUCUGACAACAGAAUUGAUGUGAAUUGCACAGUGGAGUGUGUUCAUGGUGAAGCACUCAAACUUAAUAAUACCCAGAAUUCCUGCAAAAAUAAAGAUUCGUUCAAAGUUGGUGAAAAAUGUUCGCUAAUAGCGAGCAGUGGAUUUUAUCGAUGUGUUACUGCUCUGGAUUCUGGUUUCUUAUUUCCAUUCAAACCGUCUCCCAACACUGUCACGUCGUACAUAGUCGCCACUGCAAAUGAAGAAAUGACAAACAAGUCUGAGGAAAGAUCUUCAGUCGAGCUAACUGAAGGUGAAGAUGUACUUUUAAACUGCAGUGUCAUCUUUACAGAACAAUAUGACAACAAGAACUUUGUAGUGUACUGGAUCAAGACCAUUGGAAAGAACAGUACCUGUGUGUAUUCUUAUGAUUAUGACUUAUAUACUCGUAUAAGAUACAAUCCCCACUGCAAUGUGCAAGAAGAACGGCUUUACACACUCUCAAACCAAACUGAAGACAAAAUCACCCAUAACAUCAGGAUCAGUAACGUAACAGACUCAGAUGCUGGACAAUAUCUUUGUGCCUUACAAGUGCACACACAUAAUAAAACAAAAGGAAAGUGGAAGAUCAUAAAUAAUAUUACAGUCAGUGUACAUAAAGACAAAGGACCUGAAAUAGCUGGAAACAACGCUGACCUCAACCCUAAAGAUCCCAUUCCUAAAGACAAAGCAUCUGAAAACACUGGAAACAGCACUGCUCUCAUCGUCUGUGUUACAAUUCCCAUAUUACUGGCUCUUGCUAUAGCUACUGUGUGGUUUAUCUGGAAAAAGAUUAAAACCUCACCAGGAUCUCAGGCGAUAGAACUACAGAGAAACCAAAAUGCGGAUGAUACGGAAGAAAAAGCCGAUAUAGAAUGUCCGUAUGCAGUGGGAUGUGGAGAGGAGGAGAUUAAGUUUAGAUCCCAAGGGGAUACAUUAAAGCAGGAAGGCCACGAAGAAUCCAGAGCACUCUAUUCAGUCAUGAAGCUGAAUGAUUUGUAUGAACCCGGGGUAUGAGAGGACACUGUAACAUUGAUGUCAAGAAAGAACUUUGAAGGUAUAUACAGUACGUGCAUGUGACUUUUUUUUUUUUUUGGAACACAUUUACUGAAGUGAAAAAAAUGGUGUUAAUGCUGGUAGCAUGUGUGGGUUAUAGUCUAGCAGGCAAAAGUCAAUACAGAAGUUUCAGGUAUAAGAUCACUGAGAUCCACGAGAAUGAUCUUAAAAGUAUUCGUUCAUCUUGUGGUCCUCCAUGUGGACUAGCAAGCUAAGCUUCCAUACAUACUAUAUCUUUCACAUUUUACGAUUUUUCUAGUGAUGUAAUGUAUGCAUUGCCAUUGAUUUCUGGAUUGUCCACCGUUCCAGAAUUGUGCUGGUUUGUUUUUUAUUAUUAUUAUAAUAAUUUUUAUGUUAUCAUUCUACACUGUGAGAAUGUUUCAGCUGUUUGAUUCUUAUCUCUUUAUGAUGUAAAUAUCAUUGCUGUGUGAUAUUUAUGCUUAUGAAUAAUAUAUGUAGAAUUUAGAUGUUUAUGUAUAGUGUAUAUGCGCUGCGAUGGGUUGCCACCCCGUCCAGGGUGUCCUCCUCCACGUGCCCCGAGUUCUCCGAGAUAGGCUCCAGGCUCCCCUGAGAACAGUAUAAGCAGUACACAAAAUGGAUGGAUGGAUGGAUGGAUGGAUGGAUGGAUGUAUACUGUAUGUUUUGCUGUGGUGUGAAAGAGAGUUUCUACAUUCCUCUUCUGUUAAUAAGCUAUAGAUUUAUAACGUAUAUUGUUAAUGUCUAUAAUUGCUCAUGUGUAUAGACUUAUCUUUUGAGAGCGAACAGAGUCAAGAAAGGGGUCAUGCUUGCUGGUUUAAAAAUCACCAUAAAACUCUCUCUGGCAUGUUUUCUUACAUGCCAGAGAGCACCUACAGUGGUGCUUGAAUGUUUGCGAACCCUUUAGAAUUUUCUAUAUAGCUGCAUAAAUAUGACCCAAAACAUCAUCAGAUUUUCACACAAGUCCUAAAAGCAGACAAAGAGAACUAAAUUAAACAAAUGAGACAUAAAUAUUGUACUUGGUCGUUUAUUUAUUGAGGAAAAUGAUCCAAUAUUACAUAUCUGUGAGUGGUAAAAGUAUGCGAAGCUAAUAACCGAAUUAAUUAGCAAUUAAUUUGAAGGUGAAAUUAGAGUCAGGUGUUAUCAAUCAAUGGGAUGACAAUCAGGUGUGAGUGAGCGUACUGUUUUAUUAAAAGAAAAGGGAUCUACUCCACGGUUGGGGCGUUUAAAUGCCACCUUCGCCUUGUGUGCACGUAGUUUCAUGCUCUCCCCGGCUUCGGGGGUCUCCUCCAUGUACUCCGGUUUCCUCCCCCAGUCCAAAGACAUGCGUGGUAGGUUGAUUGCCCUAGGCCCCAGGCUCCUUGCGACCCUGUGUAGGAUAACGGGAAGGGAAGAUGGAUGGAUGUGAUGUAAUAUUAAGCUUCACUGAGUGCACUAUAAACUAUUUUUUAUUGACCUUUCCUGUUUGGGUAGAUGUGACACACUCUGCCUCACCAACCCCGAAGCGGACUCCUUAAUACUCUCUUAUCAUGUGUUAGUGAUCUGUCCACAGACAUUUUUAAAUCAUUGAAUCAUUGUUGAAGUGUCACACCAAGAGGCCAUGCCUCCAUCACCACCAUGAGGCCAUCACACUUAUGAUACACACGCAAGCACACACACACACACAAACACACACACGCACGCACACACACAUGCACGCAUGCACUCGCAGGAUGAGAUGGUUGAGUCAGUUAACAUUGUAAACCCACAUGCUAUGACUUCCUCCUUCCAAGCAAUGUAGAGGCCAAGACUUCCUUCACCACCUUAAUGUAGUUUCUUCUUAAAACAUAGUUUCAGAAAAAAGCAGCACAAUUUUUAACCUUACUCACUUCUGCUUUUUUGCCACAGAGUCUAUACAGUACAGUUAUGUAUAGUAUGUAUAAUACAGUAUUACUCAUAUCAUAGCAUGUAGCUUCAUUUUUAACACAGUGACAUUAUCUGCAUCUGUAUGUGUUUAGUGUUACAGAUGUUGGUGUGCCCUAAACCGGAAUUUUAAUAAACCACUUUACCCCCGGAAACACUGGAAAACACUGGAGAAAAAAAAAAAAAAAACAGAAGCAGAAAUGCACACUCUGUCAGCUUACUGUGUGUAUACUGGCUCGGACAUUUCCUCAACCUCAGAUACAUCACUCACAGCUACAUAAGUUCAUAACGGCACUCAACUAAAAAAUCUCACAUGUGCAGUAAUAUUACACGAUCUAUAAUACAAUAUAAUAUAAAAUAGUACAAAAUAUUUUCUAAUGAAUUUAAUUGGCUCUAAAUUUCCAAAAUAUAAACAAACUAGUAGCUUAAUUUGAAGUAGCAUAUCCCUGGCCAAGGCAGGUGUUCAUGACAGGAGCCAAGAUUCUGUUCCCCACACUGAGCACUUCUUUAUUCAGUGUGACGCAAGAAUCUUUUCACAGAGAAUAUCAGAAACAUUUCCGAUAUUACUCACUUUGGGGAUUUCUAUUUUGUUUUUUAUUUUGGCUCAGUGCUGUCCUUCUUCCUCAGUAGUUACCAUGGUGAGUGAACUUUACACUUCCCUUUGUUUAUUAAUGUGAAAGUGAAUAGUGAACAGAAGUAAACACAACCUCUGCGACAAACAAUUAAAAAAAAUAAUGUUAAUGCACAGUUACUUUAUAUUUGAUGAAAUAAAAUAAAUAAAUAAAUAAAAGAGAAUAGAAUAUGAAUAAAAUAAUAACUGUGGAAAGUUUGAGAUUAUAAAAUCUCAGAACUCAAUAAGAAAUUCAUUUGUUAAAUAACUCAAACCUUCUGAACCUCACCACCAUCGCCACCGGCUUGCUCAAUAGGGAUUAAUCCACACACUUAAAAUCUGUAUGCUGUGUUUAUAUAUUUCUGUAAAGCUGCUUUGAGACAAUGUCCAUUGUAAAAAGUGCUAUACAAAUAAAAUUGAAUUGAAUUGAAUUGAAUUGAACCUGAAGCAUAUUGAUGCCUAUAAGGCAGGGGGAGAAUGUAAAAAGAUAUCCUUCCAGCUAACCAUUUCCAUUGUCCAAAAUAUCAUUAAGAAAUGGCAGUUAAGGGGAACUUUGAAAGUCGAGGCAAUAGCUGUAAGACCAAGAAAACUCACCGAUAGAACACAGUUCCUACAUCAGCAUUCUGGAGCAUGCAUUCUCUCUCUCUCUCUCUCUCUCUCUCUCUCUCUCUCUCUCUCUCUCUCACACACACACACACACACCCACUUAAGCAGAGACUAUUUGUGUAGCCACAAAAAAAAACCCACAAGUUGUCACAUCCGCCACAAAACUGUGUGACUCUUUAUUUUCUCAUCCCUUGCACAAAAAGUCUUCCAAAGUGUUCACCACAUUGUGUAGUGUGCUCCUUAACUCAUUCUACAUGUUUUUAUGAAGAUAAGCUGAAACAUUUCCAACGUUACUGCUUUUUUUUUUCUUCAAAAAAGUGUAGUAAUGGUGUUGCAGGGUUUCAUCAUUUUGCUUUUCUUCAUCAGUAGUAACCAUGGACAUACUGAAUUCAUUUAUACAGCAAAGGAUGAAGUAAAAUUGUUUUGCGACACCAACAAAUGGGAAAUAAACACAGAGUCUGACAACAACAUUGAAGUGAAUUGCACAGUGGAGUGCGUUCAUGGUGAAGCACUCAAACUUAAUAAUACCCAGAAUUCCUGCAAAAAUAAUGAUUCGGUCAAAGUUGGUGAAAAAUGUUCGCUAAUAGCGAGCAGUGGAUUUUAUCGAUGUGUUACUGCUCUGGAUUCUGGUUUCUUAUUUCCAUUCAAACCGUCUCCCAACACUGUCACGUCGUACAUAGUCGCCACUGCAAAUGAAGAAAUGACAACCAAGUCUGAGGAAAGAUCUUCAGUCGAGCUAACUGAAGGUGAAGAUGUACUUUUAAACUGCAGUGUCAUCUUUACAGAAGAAUAUGACAACAAGAACUUUGUAGUGUACUGGAUCAAGACCAUUGGAAAGAACAGUACCUGUGUGUAUUCUUAUGAUUUUGACUUAUAUACUGGUAUAAGAUACAAUCCCCACUGCAAUGUGCAAGAAGAACUGCUUUACAGACUCUCAAACCAAACUGAAGGCAAAAACACCCAUAACAUCAGGAUCAGUAACGUAACAGACUCAGAUGCUGGACAAUAUCUUUGUGCCUUACAAGUGCGCACACGUGCACACACGUAUCAAGUGCACACACGUGAUAAAACAAAAGGAAAGUGGAAGAUCAUAAAUAAUAUUACAGUCAGUGUACAGAAAGACAAAGGACCUGAAAUAGCUGGAAACAGCGCUGACCUCAACCCUAAAGAUCCCAUUCCUAAAGACAAGGCAUCUGAAAGCACUGGAAACAGCACUGAGUCUCUGAUCCGCUUGUGUGUUACACUGCCAGUAAUACUGGGUAUUCCGGCAGCUCUUAUGGUGGUAUAUUUAUGGAAAAAGAUGAAAAUUUCACCAAGAUCUCAGGCUAUGGAACUGCAAACAAUCCAACAUUGAGAAGAAACUCCUGAUAUGAACUUUGAGGCAUGAGAGUAACACAGCACUUAGGAAGAGCUGACGUUUAAAACGUGUUAAAUAUGUGCUCUUUAUUAUGCUUUCUUUUACUUAUUGAAACUCUCCCAAUACUGUCCCAGCAUGUGUCUUUCUCAUUUCAAACCUACAAAAUUAGUCCAUUUAAUAAAUCUGACUUUGGGUCAAA